CAAUCGACGCAACAUGCUUGAAUGCAGUGGCUCGCCAUGGAAUGAGCCAAUGUGCACUUUGCAGAAUGGACAGUGAGCCAAAAAGACUGAUCACACAGAAAGGCAAGCUGUUGUGGCGAGAGAAAAAAAAGAUGUCCGCUUGUUUGGAAAAGGCGCAUUGGAAAUGGUGAAUGAGAAGGCCAAGCGUGUGUUCACUCAUCUACAGACUAUUGGAUAUUCGAAUGUUAUUAUGAGAGAUACCUAGUGAUGACCGCAAUGUAGAUGGGACGUGUGCUGUUGACAGUUUUAUUUGUUCAACAUUUGAAAGCACCAAUAUUAUCUGCUACAUGUAGCCUGAGCCGCUAUACGAUCUUUAGACAGCGAGGGUAUGAUACACUGGUAAUCAAAUUGACACGAAAUUGGAUGCACUUUUUUGUUUGUUAUGGAAACACAUUUGAUUUUUUUCCCCCCUUGUUUAUUUUUGCCAAUGGAUACGGCUUGCUAAAGAGAGAUUCGUGGGCCUAGUGUCCCAGUUUAGGAUGAUGCUUGGUGAACAUUGCGAACUGUAGAUGCACAACUACUGAGUUAAAAAAAAAGCUUUAUUUAAUCUAAAUGUGUGCCCGGAAGUUAGGGCUACUGACUGUACAACAUACCUCCCACCCUGCACGCGCGUGAAUUGAUAACUGCACUGUCUGAAUUCCAUUCUGAUACACGCAUACAGUGACCAAGCAUUUACCACACUCCAAAAAAAGAUGAAUCCUCCUACCCCAGAAUGAAAGGCCCCGUGUUGGCAUUAGUACCCUGACUCUACGUUCUUCAUUGGCUAUGACUGGUAGCCACACAGGUCUUAGGUCUUGGACUGGAAUGCCCGUGUAUUGGCAUCAUUGGCAGCAACCAUGAUGGAAGCCCAGUCGGCAUCUCUAGAUGAGUACCCGGAGGUAGAUCAGGUCUUGGUGCAGAUGCGCGUGGGAGCGGAGGGGGAUCCGGAGCAGAGUCUGACCGAGGGAAGCGAGGGGGGAGCAGGCAGCCCCUCUGCCAUGCAGCCCCAGAUGCCCAUGGACACCGACAAGCAGGCCAUCUACAGGCACCCCCUGUUCCCUCUGCUGGCCCUGCUCUUUGAGAAGUGUGAGCAGUCGACUCAGAGCUCGGACUGCGUCAGCUCUGCCAGCUUCAACGUGGAUAUUGAGAACUUUGUCCGUAGCCAGAAGAAAGAGGGCAAGGGCUUCUUCUGUGACGACCCAGACGUGGACAACCUGAUGGUGAAGGCCAUCCAGGUGCUGCGUAUACACCUCCUGGAGCUGGAGAAAGUGAGCGACUUGUGUAAGGACUUCUGUAGCCGCUACAUCGCCUGCCUGCGCACCAAGAUGAACAGUGAGACCCUGCUGAGUGGAGGAGAAACUGACAGCCCCUGUUCCCCUGUCCAGAUACAGACCCCCAGCUCACUCACAGGAACCCUCAGCCCUCAAGGCAUUGUGAUGUCAGCCUCGGCCCUGCAGCAGGGCAACGUUACCCUGACAACAGUCAAUUCUGCUGGCCAAGUGUUAGCAGGUAUGUCUCCGUGGCAUACCACCUCUACAGGUGGUACAGUGUACCAGCCCAUCACAGUAGUCACUCCUCAGGGACAGGUGGUGGGACAAGCUAUCUCACCCCAGACAAUACGCAUCAACAACACACAGCUCCAGUUGCAGCUCAAUCAGGACCUAAGCAGUUUCUUCACCCAGGAGGACAGCUCAUCCAAGAGCAACAAGAGGGGGGUCCUGCCCAAAUCAGCCACCAACAUCAUGCGCACCUGGCUCUUCCAACACAUAGGGCAUCCCUAUCCCACAGAGGACGAGAAGAAACAGCUCGCCAUACAGACCAACCUGACCCUGCUGCAGGUCAACAACUGGUUCAUUAAUGCUAGGAGGCGUAUCCUACAGCCCAUGAUGGACAGCAGUGCUUCAGACACGCCCAAGAGCAGGAAGAGGACUCCCCAGAGCCGGCCCACCCAGCGUUUCUGGCCCAUGGCCAACAACAUUGCCUCGGUCGGUGUAGGGCAAGAGGUGGCCAUGGACGAUGACGUGACCAUGGUGACGAUGGGCAUGAGUGUAGACGAGCUGCAGACACUGACCUCAGACGGUGCAACACUGGCCAUGCAGCAGGUGAUGAUGGGAGGACACAGCGAGGAGGAGGAGGGCGAGAGCGAGGAGGAAGAAGAGGAAGAGGAGGAGGAGGGGGGUGACAUGGCCGGAUUGGAGUGACAUGCCACUACUGCGGGAUGUGAUGUCACACCCUCAUGCAUGCCUAUGUUUGACUAUAUUACUCAACACUCAUCACAGUAUCCAAGACAACCCACACUAGGCCUUUAAGGCCCUUCUAGAAACAGAAAAAAAAUUGCUAUUUUUAUAUGUAAAAUGUUUGGAAUGAAGACUGUUUAAUUUUUUUCAUUUGGCUUUUUUGCUUAGUGUUUUUAUUUUGUUUAGUUUGUUUUUUAAAGAAUAUUUAUGUAUGAACAUUGAAUGUCCAAUAUGGCUGACCUGCUUUUCAAGGUCUGUUGGAUUUCUCUAAUAAUAAAAUGUUCAAGAAAGA